AUGAUGGACCAGUUUGAGAAGUUCACCAAGAUGUCCGAGGACGGGUCGUGGCAACACUUGACGAGUUAUGAGAACGGUCUCGCAGCUUCGUUUUUCUUUCGUCGUUUUUUUUUCUUCUCCCCGCCUCCCUUCGUAGUCCGCAGCAAAUCGGGGUACACGCCGAGAAAACAUCAAGACGCCUGCUUGUUCGUCCGAAACGUGGCUACCGAAGGCCGCGGGUUCGAGUUUGCCAUGUUUUACAACGACUCGGAGAGACGGAUGAUGGUCCUUCUCCAACCGGGGUCGUAUUUGGAAGGGAUGAUCGGAUUCGUGCACGGGGGGGCCGUGGCCGCCAUCCUGGAUCACACCUUUGCGAGUUGCGGCAUCUGCGCCUUCGGGAUCGUGCUGACCGCCAACCUUUCCGUGAACUACAAGAG